UCUCUGGGUAUCUGGUGGGCCCUACAUAAUCUGAUUGAUACUCAGGCUUGGGUAGCAUCUUCUGCUCUUGUCCCCUUGUGCUCUGCUCACACCAGUUUUCUGCGCGGUGCUCUGUUCACAUGAGGAGAUGAGAAGAACAAUCUCUUCUCUUGCUCUUCAUACCAACAAGAUAGUCAAAUAUUGCUGCAUCUGCAUCUCCAACUAAUAGUGGAGCGGAGGAAGAGGAGAAAGGGCUGGGGUAGCAGGCAGCAAUGGCGACGGCCAAGCCCAUCCUGUACGGCGCCUGGAUCAGCUCUUGCUCUCACCGUGUCCGGAUCGCUCUCAACCUCAAAGGUGUGGACUAUGAGUACAAGGCAGUCAAUCCUCGGACAGAUCCAGACUAUGAGAAAAUCAACCCGAUCAAAUACAUACCAGCAUUGGUAGAUGGGGACUUUGUUCUAUCUGAUUCUCUCGCUAUCAUCUUGUAUCUGGAAGAUAAGUAUCCUCAGCAUCCUCUCAUGCCCAAAGAUAUCAAAAUGAAAGCUCUUGAUCUUCAGAUUGCAAACAUAGUUUGUUCAAGCAUCCAACCUCUCCAAGGCUACGGUGUAAUUGGUUUACAUGAGGGUAGGUUGAGCUCCGAUGAGAGCCUUGAGGUGGUACAACGUUAUAUUGACAAGGGCUUCAGAGCAAUCGAAAAGCUUUUGGAUGGAUGUGACAGCAAAUAUUGCGUUGGAGAUGAAGUCCAUUUGGGAGAUGUGUUUCUAGCCCCACAGAUUCAUGCCGCCAUCAAUCGCUUCCAGAUUGAUAUGCUUUCCUUUUCUUGCAGACAAAGUACCCAAUUUUGUGGCGACUUCACGACGCAUACAUGGAAAUUCCGGCAUUUCAAGCUGCACUGCCCCAAAAUCAGCAAGAUGCACCUUCAGCCUGAUAAUCAAGAAAGCAAGCCAGUUACAACUAUAUGUGUGUAGUUUCCUCCUUUUCCAAAAAUAAAUAAAUAAAUAUGCAUGUAGUUUCCACAAUAAUGAGGAAUGUAAUCUGCAAAUGAAAGAACCUCGUAUAACUUA